AACUAAAGAUAACAUUAUUAAUGUUCACAAAGCGAGUUUUGUGUAUGUUUAUUUUAAUACUUUUUUUAAAAAAAAUCAACUUCUCAACAAUGUUGUUUUAGCUCUUCCGGUUAGCCUAGCCGUUAGCUUAGCUUCGUCACCGGGAGGAAGACGCAGUGUGACGCGGUGGAGUCCGACAUGGAGGACAUGUACAUUAAACCAGGUAACCAGGAGCGGGGCUGGAACGACCCCCCCCAGUUCUCAUAUGGCCUUCAGAAGGCCCACGGACCACAGAGGAGCCUCCUGAACAAGAGAGCAGCUCCACCAGAAGCUACAGGUACAGGAGCUCCACCCAUGACUCCUCCCUCCUCCAGUCCUCUGGCUCCACCUCCAACAGGUUUGGCCCCACCCCCUCUAACACCAGCUCGUCAUCCUCCUGGCCGUGUGGCCACGCCCCCUCCCACAGUGGGACCAAUGAGCAGUCAGAGAGAGGCUGACAGCAGCCAAUCAGAAAGCGAGCCUGACAUGGAGGACGUGAUGUCGGUGUUGAACCGAGCACUCGCUGCCUGCAGACAGACAGUUAAAGAUCAGGUGUGUAGUGACGUGGAAAAGAGGCUCCGCCUCCUGGAGGACAGCUGGAGGACAGGUCGUCUCAGCCUACCUGUGAGGAGACGCAUGCUCACCCUGUCUCUGGAGCUGCAGGUAGGCCACUGGGACUCGGCUGAUGAGGUCCAUCGCUCACUGAUGGUCGAUCAUGUGACUGAGGUCAUCCAAUGGAUGGUCGGUGUGAAACGACUCAUCGCAGAGACCCGAAAAUUGAGUCCAGAACUCUUAAAACCACUUCAAAAACCUUCAGGACCAGCCCAGGACUCUGCAGGACCAGCCCAGGACUCUGCAGGACCAGCCCAGGACUCUGCAGGACCAGCCCAGGACUCUUCAGGACCAGCCCAGGACUCUGCAGGACCAGCCCGGGACUCUGCAGAACCAGUCCAGGACCCUGCAGCACCAGUCCAGGACCCUGAAGAACCAGUCCAAGACCCUGCAGAACCAGCCCAGGACUGUUAAUCAUGCAGGAAUCUGCAGGAUUUCUUUUUACAUUCAGCACACUUUGACUCUUAAAACCAGAACCAGUAUCUGGUGUCAAUAAUCCUCACAUUCAUCUUCACACUUCAGCUGAGGGUCAAAGGUCAGAACUGCAGGAUCCAGUGGGCCUUGGGGGUUUCCUCAGAGACACCUGAUGGAUCCUUCAGCUCUGGGCCGGCCUGUGUUUGGCAGCUGGAAUAUGGACUCUGGACUCUCUAGACCAGAGGCUUUCAAACUGUGAGGCUCCUCUCC